GUGUCUCCCCUGUCGGCUCCCUGCAAGGGCUCUGCUGCUGCUGCUCGAUCCCCCCCGUCCCAACCUCCCCUUCUUUCCCCAAUCCAUGCACAACUCAACCAAACCGGACCCAAACCAAGCGAAAACAACCCAUCCAGCUAUCUCUUCGGGACAAAUCUAACCCUUAAAUAAGCCAACUCUGCCCUGAUUCUGAUCAGAGCAGAGCCGCAUUCCUUCCAGCUCCCACCCCACAUCUUGGGCACUGAGCGAAGCAGAACAACAUCGAACGCCUUCGAGCACAUCAGCAGUGCAGCUGAUAGUCGCGCUCGCACCAUGGCGGCCAGCGGAGUUAGAUUCCUUGCCCUGGCCCUGCUCCUCCUCGCGCUUUCCUCUCACUCCGCGCAUGCUGGCAGGCCCGCGGCCGCUGCGUCCAAAGAGACCCUGGCGGAAAAAGCCGCGCGGUUGCGCGCAGCAGCGGACAAAGCCGCAGCCGCUUUGGACGCCGCGCAGACAGCCGCAGCCGCGCGGCUCCAGUUGGAACAGGCGGCGGCCGCGGAGGCCGCGGCAGCGGAAUCGGCGGCGCAGGACGCGGCGAAAGCGUGGAACGCAGCGAAGAAGGCGUCGGACACGAAGAAACAAGUCGCCACGAAUUCGCGAAGGAACGCAAACACCGCCAAGGCGAACGUCGCUCCGAUAAAGAAGAAGGCAGAGUCAUACACUGCCGCGCAAAGCAACGUUAAGAACUCAGAGAAAGCCCUCGCCGAAGUGAAGAAGAAGCGCCAGAACGCGGAGGCCGCCGCCGCCGCGCAGCAGAGCGUCGCGAGCAGUGCAUCCGCCGCCGCUGUGGGCUCAGGCGCGCGGAGCGCCGCGGGUCAGAAGGCAUCGAAAGAGCAAAAGAAAGCCGCGGAGCUGAAAAAGAACGUCGAAGCCGCCAACAAGGAAGAGGCCAAGGCGUCUGCUGCGCUAACUAAGGCGCGCACCGCACUCGCUGCCGCCACGCUAACCCCGCAGGACCAGGCGACGCUCGACGCGGCAAACGCGGCGGAAUCCUCGGCGGUUCAGGCGGAAGCCGACGCUCGGGCGGCGGAGGUGCAGGCGAAGGCGGCGGAGCAGGGAGUGAAGACGGCCGCGGAGAAGGUCACCCGCGCGAAGGUGAAGCGCGCCAAGUUGCAAGCUCUCCGCGUGGCCGCGGAGAAAGCCGCGGAGAAGGCGUCCGCGGCGGCGCAGGCAGCGGAAGAUCUGGCAAUGGAGGCGGAGCAGGAGUGGGAGGCGUCGCAGACGCCCGCGCAGGGGUCGGAUCCUGCGCCUGGCUCGGAUCCAUCUCCCCCUGGCGGCGGCGGCGACUAUGGCGGAUAUGGCGAUGAUGACUACGACGACCACCAUGAUGACCAUCACGGUGACGACGGUGACGAUUAUGAGGACGAUUAUGAGGAGGAGCAUGGGGGGCAUGGUGGGCGCGGGGGGCAUGAUGGGGGGAACGGGCGGGGAGAGGGCGGACGAGGGGGUAGGGACGACGGGCACCAUGGAAGGGGAGGGAGGUUCGGGCAGCAGUCGAGUGCGGCGCAGGCCGCGCAGCCCGCACAGACGGGCCCGGGGGUGAUGCCUUCGCUGGGUGCGGCUGUGCAGGCGGCUCAGCAGCAGCAGAAUGCAAACCACCCCAGGUCUUUCCUGCCGAGCUGGCUCUUGGGUUGAUGGGGUGAGAUCUUGGUGCUGUGAAUGGAUCUGCAGGCAUGUGCAUUUUGGUUUGUUCGUGCGUCCCCAUGGCCACACUCAUUCUCACCAUGAGCCCUCUCUGGGGCAGUCUCCUGGCCUUUGUCCUGCUAGGAGAAACACUUAGCACCUCCUCUGCAACUGGCGCCUUAUUCUGCUUGCCAGCCUGGUGUUGUAGCUCCUAGCAUCGCAUGCUGAUGGGGAGGAUGAGGGGUGGAGUACGCUGUGUUGGUGCUUGUAUAGGUUAGGAAGCAUCAUGCAAUAGUACUUGUGAUUGGCCCUCAAUAAUAUAUCACACGAGAU